CGAUGUUAUGGCAUGAGUAACACACGAACUACAGGCAGACAAACCCGAAAAUUUUAUUUGCAAAAGCAACGGUGGCGAUCAGUCGUCGUUACCUUGUUAUCAAACGUACAAAAAUGUAAGGUGAAAAUUAUGUAAUUGAAGUUCAUUAAUAUUCUUCGGCUGUGCGUAACCCUCGGUGAUGCGUGUGCGGCCGUGAAUAAAUUUAUAUAAAAAGAAGUACUGUGGCUUAUGGUGUUAUCAGUUUGCAUUCUGCAGAUCUUAGAAUAUCACCAAAUUAACACCUCACAACACAAAAAAUGUUCAAGCUUUUGUUUGUUGCCGCGGCCUUCGUCGCUUUAUCCACGGCUGCCCCCGAGCCGCAACCCAAGGCUGUUCCUGCCCCUGCUGCAAACCCCCAGUUUCUUGCUGCCGCUUAUGCUGCUCCUGUGGUAGCUGCCCCUGCAGUCGCCUACACUGACGUCGCAUAUGCCGCACCCCUAACCUACGCCGGGUAUUACCCCUCUGCCUACGCCGCUGGAUAUUCUGCAUAUUCACCGUACGCUGCCACUGUUGUCGUUUAAAUGCUUCAAUAAAGUUAUUUAUAUAUCA